CCUCAUAGAGUAAAUAAAGCGUCGCCGACCUUGUGUGCAUCUUGUGAUGGUUGUGGGCCACUUGGGCCACUCCACCAAUAUAUAUGUAUACAUGACUGUGGACCAGCUGUAUCAAGCGCAUGCGUAGAUGGCGGUAUUUGUUAUUUUUUGGUCUUUGUUUGCGAUUCCGAAGAAUGGGAUGUGAAAAGUUCUGAGCUUUGGCGGAUCAAAGGUCAAAGUCUGUCCGCUAUAAAUUAGAAUCUUGAUGCAGUAUAAGCCAUUUGUCUGCAGUUAUUUUUAAGUUAAAUAAAGAAGGCUUUACUGUUUUACGUACCUACUGCUUUCUGCGAGAGGUCAAUAAAUACGAAGUCGGAGCGGUGUAUGUAUACAUUGACCAGUUAGGCCGAUAUCCGAAAUGGAUUUCGUUCGUCCAGAUCUUCCGAGCAAAUGUACGUGGCGACCGGGAAUGAGCCCCAGCGACUCGCCGCACACUAAACAUAAACUGGAACCACGGAAGAACAUUUUACCGAACAUACUCCAUGCCAUUGGCCAUACGCCAUUGGUUCGUUUGAACAACAUUCCGAAGUCUUUUGGAAUCAAGUGUGAAAUGUUGGCAAAGUGUGAAUACUUGAACCCUGGCGGCAGCGUUAAGGACCGUAUUGGUUUCCGCAUGAUUGAGGACGCGGAGGAGAAAGGUCUUCUGAAACCAGGAUCUGUCAUCAUCGAGCCAACGUCGGGGAAUACAGGUAUCGGCCUGGCGAUGGCGUCUGCCGUGAAAGGGUAUCGCUGCGUCAUAGUCAUGCCGGAGAAGAUGUCGAACGAGAAAGUGGACGUGCUUCGAGCUCUUGGGGCAGAGAUAGUGCGGACCCCCACGUCCGCUUCAUUUGACUCCCCGGAGGGGCUCAUAGCUGUCUCCCAGAGACUUAACAAGGAAAUUCCCAAUUCGAUUAUUCUGGACCAGUACCGCAACGCGGGCAACCCCCUGGCGCACUACGACCGGACGGGGGAGGAGAUCUGGCAGCAGUGCGGGGGCCGGGUGGACAUGGUGGUGAUGGGCGCCGGCACCGGCGGGACCAUCACGGGCGUCGCCCGCAAGCUGAAGGAGGUCUGCCCCUCGUGCAUCGUCGUGGGGGCGGACCCCGAGGGCUCUGUCCUGUCGGAGCCGGCCGAGCUCAACGACACGGACGUCACGUUCUACGAGGUGGAGGGGAUCGGCUACGACUUCAUACCGACUGUUCUGGAUCGUUCUGUGGUCGACAAAUGGUACAAGUCUAACGACAAGGAAUCUUUGCCUUUGGCAAGGAGGUUAAUUCGAGAAGAAGGACUUCUUUGUGGUGGCAGCAGUGGGUCCGCCCUGUCCGUGGCGUUGCGAGCCGCGGCGGACCUGAAGGAAGGCCAGCGAUGCGUGGUGGUCCUGCCGGACUCGAUCCGCAACUACAUGAGCAAGCUCGUGAGCGACCAGUGGAUGCACGCUCGGUGCUUGCUUCCAGACGACCCGUGCCAGCGCAACUGGUGGCGGGACCUGAAAGUUUCCCGCCUGGGGCUCAAGGCACCGCGGAGCCUGCUGCCCGGCAUCGCGUGCCAAGAGGCCGUCCGGGUCAUGAAGAAGGAAGGGUGCGCCCAGCUUCCGGCCGUCAGCGAGACAGGGCACUUCAAAGGCAUGGUCAUGCUGAAGUACCUGUUGUCUCAGCUGGUUGGAGACAGAGUGAAGCCCUCCGACCCGGUGGAGAAGGCGUUGUUCCGACAGUUCCUCCGGGUAACACCUGACACGUCCGUUGGCCGAGUGUCCCACAUGCUCUGCAAGGAGGACUUUGUUGUCUGCGUCCACGCAGAACGCAUGUCUGAUUCAGGUGGAGUGAUGGAAUCUCACGAGGUGGUGGAUUGCAUUGUGACACCAGUCGACCUUCUCAGCCUUAUCGCCGAGAAAGAGGCUUCGCACACAUCGUCAAACCAUUCCGGAGGGACUGCCAAGUCAGUUUGAACAGCUGCUGCUGCUGCCAGCUCUAGUCGGGAACAAGUUUUCAAAGUCUGAGACCGUAGAAUGUGCUGAAAAUAAACUUGCAGUAAAUCCUAUUUUAAAAGGUUUCUCGAGUAUAUAGAAUAUUUAGACUGACCUAUUAACAGGGUAAACUUAUUAAAAGUUUAAAAUUGUAUGUAUUGUUAGGUCAAGUGCUUAAUUUUUCAAACUUACCUAUGCUGCAAGAAAUUUUCUUAGCUGAGAUUUUCCUAAAGAGGGUUUUACUGUUUAUUUUUGGCAAACAAGAAUUCUUAAUCAUAUGCAUCAGUUUCUCAUUUAAUGGACAAUUGUUAAGACAGACACUAUAUUUCCAUACCUUCAAUUUUGUUAAUAUAGCUUUCAAACUCGUGACUGCAAACAUUUCCGUGUCGUAGAUUAUGUAUGGGCGGGGUUGGUACUUCUUGAAUAGCCUGUCUGUGCACUCAUAUCCAAGUGCUUCACUGUGUACACACGUGAAUAAUUCUUGCACACAUGCAUAAUGGUUAUCAAAAGAUAACAAUGGAUUUUGAUAACAAUGGAUUUUGAAGAGCGUUUGCUUAUCUUUUUUUCCCGCCCCUCUAAUAAGUGUGGGCAAAACGCAGCACUAAUAUUUACGAUACGCGUGAUAAAGAAAGCAACAGCCUAAGACUAAGCGUGUUGCAUUCAGUGAAAUCUUAUCAUUUAUGCGUUUAAUUCAACGUAGCUUAUUGUUUGUCAGAUUUAGGCGUCAGUUAUAUGUUGUGCGAUAAUGGCCCCCAUCAAAGGCAUUUGAGGGGAAACAGCCACGUGUUACGCUCACUGUUCUUUCUCUGACACUCGCUCUUGACAAGAUCACCAGAAUAAUCUGUUCACAACCUUUACGCUUGCUUUAUCCAAGAUGACAAUGUUUCGAUUUGUUGGUUGUGCUGCGACACAUUAUCCCACCAUGCCGCCCGGGCAAGUCACAAGCCGACAGUAAAGUUUUUACAUUGCAUGUUAAUAAGAUUUUCUACCAUUCAUUACAUAAACGUCCAAUUUAUAGAUACAAUUUUAUUAUAUAUUGAUAGAUAGUCAAAUAAUAAAAGCUGCCAUUUUUGGAAGUUCUAGGAAUGUAACUUGGGACAUUAACAUUGUUUCUUGUGGAGAAAUGUUAUUUAAUUAACUGAUGCUUGCUGGACAGUUUUUGGUAACGUAACCUGUCCGUUAAAUGAAGACACCGUUCUUUUUAACUGGCGUAAACCUCAAAUUAUAAUAACUUUUUGAGUAAAUCUGUUUAAGUUUAUUUUUUUGUUACUGACAUAAUUCUGUCUAUCAACUCUUAAAACUUAAUUGUUUCUUGGAACAAAAUGUGUUUUCUUUGCAAAUGUACCAACCGAGAUUUUUUUUCUAUUCGUGCACCAUGACCUUUAUUAUAAAAAUGUGGUCUUUAGUGACAUUUUGAUAAAGUUGUAUGCUGCACCUAUCAAGCUUCAAAUAGGACAGUGCAGUAUUGUAUAAUCACUCGGUAAUUUUCACUGGAAGUGGCAGCUUGUAUGUGCAGCCAUAUUUUUUGUCCCCACUUUAUUUUUAUUUUUCUUCUUUUCCAUGUAAGUAAUUGUGUUUUUUAAGUAUAUAAAAUGUUAAUUCAAUAAUUAACUUGAUUACAAUGGUUCAGAACUAAGUAACUACAUGCAGUUCCUACUUCCUAAUAAUCACAACGCUUCAUAAGUUUCAGCGUUACAUUGUAUUACAUUUAUUUUUAUUUACUGGCACUUAUAAUUUCAGACUUUUACACUGUUUAGAAUCAUUAGUUUAGAAUCAUAUGUACUGCCUAGUUUUUCAUUUAUCAGUUAUAAGUCUGAAAAAUGAAUUUUUUAGGGAAUGCAAAGAAAAUUAUCUUAAUAAGUGUUGUGAUGUUGAUAUUAUGAUGAACAUUCUAUUUUUAUUGUGUAAAUUUAUUAGUGGUGUCCUUUUUAAAGUGAACAGGGAUUUUUGACUUGGAAAAUAGUCAUGUUCAUUUUCUUGAAUUGUUGUUCUGUUCUCAAAGUUAGGUAAAUAAUUGUUUAUUGAAAGGCUCUAAUGUCUUAUAAAGUUUUAAAGGGCCUGUAUAAAAUCUCUUACAAUUAGAUAAACUAAAAUAUUCUGGUCAUUGUUUAGUGAUCUGAUUAUUUGGCUUUACUUUUAUCUAGCACAUGAUCUGUCUGGACUCUUCCAAAAAAUUCUUUAAUUUCCAUCAUAAUACCUAAGGACCUUUCAAAAACAGAAAAAAAAACUUGUACUGGAAUUCAUUUUUUUUUUUUUUUGACUAAUUACACAUCUUAAUGAGAGUGAUCCUACAAAAUAGAAUGGAAUUAUGAUGAUUAGGUUAACAAAACCCAGUCAUACUGGUGCUCAAAAAAAUAUUUUUUUAUAACUAUAUUUUAAUAGUAUUGUUAGUAUAUGGUACUUGUUUGGAAGAAUAGUUCACUUACAGAAUCAAAAUGAUCACAGUAUGUAAUUUUUUCAACAGACUCUAAUUUAAACUAUAACAUUCCAAUGGUUCCUUUGUUUUUAAGAGGAUCCACAUUGUUUUAAAACUAAUGAAACACUACUUUAGCUUAAUUUAGUCAUAUAUAUUUGAGUUUUUGAGUGUAGUUUUAGUUUUUGUAUGAAUUGGUUGCAUUUAUUUUUGAUAAUGCAUAGAACUUGAACAUUCCACAUUGUUUGCAUUUAUAUACCUGGGUUGUGUUCUGUUUCUACAUUAAGUUUUUUAUACUGUUACAUAUUUUUGAAUGUCAUUUUAAAAUAAUAUGUGAAUAAAUGGUUUGUGCAAAAAAAAAA